UUUCAUCGCACUUGAUAGCAUACUCGAGAAGAGAGGAGCCCUACGUCAGAUGUUUGCUAGUUCCGAGUGGUAUGAUAGUAGAUAUUCUUAUGCCGGCACUGAAGGGAGCAAGAUAGAAGACUUGGUGACGAGACAGCCAUUCUGGCAGCGGGCUACUACAAUAGUCAAAGCUAUCAAACCAUUAUAUGAAGUGCUGCGGGCCGUAGAUAGCGAGAUCUACCCCCAGAUGGAAUUUUUGUAUCACAUGAUGGUCAAGGCAAAGGAUCAGAUUAUGGAGGUAGAUCCAGCACAUGGCCGGUCAUACAUCAACAUCAUUGAGCAACGGUGGGGAGCGCAAAUGGGUACAGAAUUACAUCUAGCAGCAUACUACCUAAAUUCCCGAUUUCAGUACAGCAUAGAUGGAAUUGGUAUGGAUGAAACACUUCUGGAUGCUUUGUGUAAUGUGAUUUACAAGAUGGAGGCAGAUCCAGAAAAAGCGGCCCUAUGUCUUGAAGAGAGCAAAUUAUUUAGAGAGGGCAGCUACAGUUUUGGCCAACGAGCGGCUGUCGUCAGCAAACACAAUAUGAAUCUAGGUACGUGACACAUCAGGAAAACAUUCACCUAGUGUUACUUAGUCACUAUUCUGGAACUAUC